GAUGUCAGCCUCGCUGGCGCUCGCUCCUCCCGCACCCACCUCCCGGGCCCGAGGCACACUGCAGCUCCGCACGGACUCUCCGGCCCCGGCGCGGUGGCUGCAAACUCGCGGGCACGCACGGCGCUCGCGGAGCCGAGGGACUCGGGGGAGGGGACGUGCGCGGAAGGCGCCAGCUUCCUCUCGCCCGCCCCUCGCCGCCGCGAGCCCAGGUUGGAGGAACCCCGGGCCCCAGCCCGACAGAGCCGAGCGGCGGCGGCGGCUUCCUUUUUCUCCCGCUGCGAGCCCUGGAGCGCCUCGGGGACCGGCCCUAAAAAGAGCAGGAAAUCUUGUUUACCGCCCGGGGAGAGCAGCCGAUCGAGCCUUUGUCUGGAAAAGUCAGCAUCCCCAGCUCCGGCUGCAAUGUGUUCCUGGUGACAUUAGCAUUGGCAGACCCGCCGGGGAAGGGGGGUCGCCAGGUUCAUGUCUGCUUUCGGAGGCGGAUCGAGCUGGUGACUUUUGUGCAUUCGUUUUAAUUUUCGGAAAUCUCUCUUUUUUUCCUCCCUUGCCCGCCACCGGGCAUGUCCUGAUCCGGCGGCCGCUCCUACCGCCCGGGGCUGCCGAUCUGAGCGGUUUCCAGCGGGUCUCCCUCCCUCUCUCCCUGAUCCCUCCCUGAUCCCUCCCUGACUUUGCAACACCGCGUUCCGGGAGGACCGACCUCGGCGAGAAAGAAGGCGGGGGAGCCCCGAACACCCGGACCCGAACCUUGACAUGCUCUCCGGCGGAGAGGAGGAAGCUAGGAGCUGAGCGCACCGCCGGGGCUGCUUCGCCGGCCGGCUCCGAGCGCAGGGCUCCGGGCGCCCUGCCCUGCGCCUGGUCGGCGGCUUUGUUGGUUUAGGGGGCGCCCCCCCCGCUUCCCGCCCCGGGGGCGCGCGGCCGGCAGGACCAUGCUGCUGAAGGAGUACCGGAUCUGCAUGCCGCUCACCGUGGACGAGUACAAAAUCGGACAGCUGUACAUGAUCAGCAAGCACAGCCAUGAACAGAGCGACCGAGGAGAAGGGGUGGAGGUCGUCCAGAAUGAACCCUUUGAGGAUCCUCACCAUGGCAACGGGCAGUUCACCGAGAAGCGGGUAUAUCUCAACAGCAAACUGCCUAGCUGGGCUAGAGCUGUGGUUCCCAAAAUCUUUUAUGUUACAGAAAAGGCUUGGAACUAUUAUCCCUACACAAUUACAGAAUACACAUGUUCCUUUCUGCCGAAAUUCUCCAUUCAUAUAGAAACCAAGUAUGAGGACAAAGAGGCAAGCAACGACCGCAUUUUUGACAAUGAAGCCAAAGACCUAGAGAGAGAAGUUUGCUUUAUUGAUAUCGCCUGCGAUGAGAUUCCAGAACGUUACUACAAAGAAUCUGAGGAUCCCAAGCACUUCAAGUCAGAGAAGACAGGACGGGGACAAUUAAGGGAAGGCUGGAGAGAUAGUCAUCAACCCAUCAUGUGUUCCUACAAGCUGGUGACCGUGAAGUUCGAGGUCUGGGGGCUUCAGACCAGAGUGGAACAAUUUGUACACAAGGUGGUCCGGGAUAUUCUGCUGAUUGGACAUAGACAGGCUUUUGCAUGGGUUGAUGAGUGGUAUGAUAUGACAAUGGAUGAUGUUCGGGAAUACGAGAAAAACAUGCAUGAACAAACCAACAUAAAAGUUUGCAAUCAGCAUUCCUCCACUGUGGAUGACAUAGAGAGCCAUGCCCAAACAAGUACAUGACAAUGGAUGAAGUCCGAGAAUUUGAACGAGCCACUCAGGAAGCCACCAACAGGAAAAUUGGCGUUUUCCCACCUGCAAUUUCUAUCUCGAGUAUUCCCCUGCUGCCUUCCUCAGUCCGCAGUGCCCCUUCUAGUGCUCCAUCCACACCUCUCUCCACCGACGCCCCAGAAUUUCUGUCUGUGCCCAAAGAUCGACCCCGGAAGAAGUCAGCUCCAGAAACUCUCACGCUUCCAGACCCUGAGAAAAGAGCCACCCUGAAUUUACCUGGCAUACACUCUUCAGAUAAGCCAUGUCGGCCCAAAUUAGAGUAACUUCCUAUGAAUAUUUCAUGGGGUUUUAUAUUUUCAUUUGGGUUUUUUUUUUUUUUAAAGAAUCUUCUAAUAUAGAAAAAGACUGCUUUGUCCUUCAGACAUGUUCCUUCGAUCUCUGAGUGUGCAUGUGGUUAAGUACCUUCCCAUAUAAUAGGAUUCCCUAAGUAUACCACACAGCAUCCUGCUAGAUGUAAAUUGUAAGACUUGCAGAGGACAGAAGGAAUCCUCUGUAGCCACAGCUGGAAGCCAAGGAGGAAGCCUUGUUGUUGAGCGUUCGAUGAGGUCGGUGUGGACUUCAAGAGUAAAUAAAUGAAAACAUUG